UCCAAGCCCAACAGAGCCGAGAAACUCAUCCUUCGGUUCUCCAAGAAUUCACCCGAGCAUUCUACUCACUGCAACUAUUCCAGCGUAUCACGUCUUGCAUGAGAUGCACGACAGAAUGGCGUGGGAUCAGAAGGCACUGCCGUAAAAGCAUUGACUAAUACUUAAUACUCAUGGGUUUGCCUUGACUCCUACCAUCUAUUUCCGUACAUAUAUUGCAUGUAUGUAUUUACCUGUUAUGCCUUUCAGCCUGGGCAGAAUAUACCUCGGCGAGAUAAUAAUACGAAAGUCUACCUAUCCACCAACUACUACCUGAGCAACUCUGCUUGUCUCGGAUUUGAUUCGGCUUGAGGGUUUUAAUACUCAUCUAUCUUGCUAAAUAGAAUCUCACUAUUACGUCCUGCAUAUUUUGUUUUACACCGGUUUCUGUUUCGAAACUCCAACUACCGUUAGAUAUUGGCAUCUUACUGCGGCAAUUAGUAUACAUUUUGUGAAGCUUGCCUACCAACCAUAAAGAUGUCGCAUUACCAUGACAGCCGUUCUCGCGAGCGGUCGAGCCACCAUCGGGACCGUUCUCCCGGCUACACAUACUCGGGAGGAGACUACCCAAUAUCCUAUGAGGAAAGCCGACAACUUGCAAACACGACAAACCCUACGUAUGAUGAGUCGCCGCCUCCAAAACAGUUAACCUAUGAACCGCACCCGUCUCAGUCGUCAUCGAGCUUGCAAAUACCCGAAUCGCGCUCGCGACCUAGAUCUCUCCCCUCAGGUGAAUAUCGUAGAUCAAGUCGCGGAAGGAGAAAGGAAAGAAGUCACGAUAGAGACAGCGAUAGCGAAUACUCCGAUGACAGCCGGACGCGGACUCCGAUCGACAAGGCACGGAACUUUGUCGAUACCAACUUUUCCAACUCCACUGCGGGCCUUGGAAUUGGCGUACUUGGCGCAUUAGUAGGUGGCUUAGCGGCUAGGGAAGCAGUCGAUGCCACGCACAAGAACAAUGGUCACCAUCAUCACGAAACCCCUGACCAGAAGCGCAAGCAACUCAUCGGCACGGUGGUCGGUGCAGCCGUAGGUGCGCUCGGCGCAAAUGCCGUCGAGAAGCGGUUUGAGGUACGGCGUGAAAGGGACAGAUUUGAGCAAGAGGAAUGGGAGCGCAAAUUCAGGCCGGACCGCGACGUCAUUGAGAAGCGCGAGGUUAUCGUUCGCCCACGCGAUAGCAGCGGCUCCAGCUGGAGGAGGGAUUGGGAUGAACGCGACUAUGGUCGUUCUCGAAGCCGCGCCCUCGAGCGCGAGGUCGACCCGGAGGCCCGCAGCUGGAAAAAUGUCGAGGAUUGGCUGAACGACGAGCGGGACGAUAAUAGGUCGAACGGACGCAGAAGCGCGGACGGCGAGUACCGUUACUGAUAAGAUACCUAAGAUACAUAUAUAUCCGCGUCAAAGCGCGUGUGGCGCUACUUUUAUAUCUCCCCUUUUUGAUAGAACUACACUGCUUGAUGUAGAUCUUCUCCUUUGUUACAUACAUAUGUAAAAUGGAGCCCCACAAAUUUAAAUGUCGAGAUGAGACUUCUUAGCGUACGAGUAAACGGUAUUCAUAUUUUGGGGGGGGCUCUUUUUGGUUUUUAUUAUAUAGACGAUGAGGGUCGUAGCGACAAUAGAAAUAUCUCUAAACUACCUAUUAUUAUAUAAUUACUUAUAUAACUACAUAUCUAUGUUGAUUUGAACAAUAGUUAUUCAAAAUGCGAGAGUGAGCUUCCCAACCUCCAUCAAUAGGUACAUGCAAACAAAAACUCAACUCGACAUAAAAUAGAUAGGUGCAUUAUCUAUCUAGCCCAAUACUCG